AUGAUGAUUUCUAGAGAAAAUCGUCCAGGUGACGAGCUACAGAUUUGCUUGCGGGAAUCCAAGAAGGCGCAAUCAGUGAAUAGCCGUGAACUUGGUGGAUUAAAGCGAAACAUAGCUGAAACGAUGAAAACUGGAGCUGAAACAACAAAAAACAGAGCUGUUGUCCUCUAUGCAAGCCGGUGCCGGCGCUGGAAUGAGUCGCCGCCACCGCCAGUUCAGACUGCCGCCGCCGCCACAGUAACAGGCGACCCAGAUCAUCCUUCCCUGUUAGAAACCGCCAAGUUUAGAUCAUUAUAUGUUGUGAAUUGCAAUGUAUGUCGAGGUGAUAUAGAUACAUCUAUGGCGACUCCACUAGGGAUGUAUAAAGAUACCCAUUUGCAUAAAAAAAAACGUUUUCAUAAGUAUUUUGGAAAUGGUUGCCAUGGACCUAAACCGCAUGAGCUUGCGUCUUAUCGACCUCAAAUUCUUUGCUUACCAGAUGUCUCAAACUGCUUGCAUUGGAUUAGAUGGUUCUUUCUAGGAGAAACCCUAAUCAAACUCUGGUGCUCAAAGCCGCUCUCACGUCUUGACGUUGCAUUCCAACGACCAAUGGAACUCGCUUUGCUGCUCUCUAGCAAAGACAGUCAGGAAGACUCUCUAGACCAGGUAGCCCUACCAAGACAGGCAACUCCUUUUACACCAGCACAGAAGGCCAAACAAGUAUGCCAGCAAUUAAGUAAUCCCAGUUCCAGGAAAUCUUCCAGUAGAAUAUUCAAAUAUAAUACCCCGAAAUCAGGGAAGAGAAGAGAAGAAUCGAGAAAACCACAACGAAGAAACGGCGAUCGCGAUAAUUCCGCCGUCCUACGUCCGAAUGUCGUGUUCUUCGUGUCGAACUUCUCAAAAUCGAAUUCUCUAUCGUCUCGGGGCAUCAUUUUAAGAUGGUCUCUUAUGUUUAGAUUGUUUUUUUUCAUCAUGUAUGGGAAAAACGGAGCUCAGCCACAUGCUUCAAAAGAAGAGGAGGAAGUGCCUCCUAUUUUUCAAAAUAGAUUUCAUUAUGAAGUAGGCGGACCAUCUAAAGUCCAUCAGAACAGAUUCUAUACAAACACUAGAGGAUCACUCGAGAUCUAUCAGAAUGGCUUUAUGUCAGGGUCAGAGGGUGGUAGUUCUUCUAGGGUUAGAAGUAGGGCUCACUCACCAGAGAUAGAGUACAGUGAGGAAAGUAAGGAGGACCUAGCAGAGGAUCUAGAGGAGGAUCCGGAAAAGAACCAGAAGAAGAUCCUCAGGAGGAGGACUUGGAGGAAGAAGAGUUGUCAGAUGAAUCUGACGUCGAGGAAUUUAGAGGUGAGCGGUUCUGGUCCGAUUUGCAGAGUUGAGGGGUUUCCAGAGCAUAACGAAGAUAACGAGGAGAUUAAUCGUGGGCAUGUUAGGGGUUUGGGACCCGAGUUUGUGGAGUUGUAUGAUCACGUCAACGAGCAUUUUAGGACGCUUACUACGAUGGCUCGUAGGAUCGAGAGCAACCGCGAGUGGGAUGACAAUCCUAUUCGACCCUUCUUUUUCAGAUACCCCUUAAGCGACCUAAAUUCAUUUCUCUCGUUUUCUAAAACCCUAGAACGGCCUAUACUCUCUGAAAUUCAUAUCCUAGCUAUUCCUAAUCCAUUGGUGAUCAUUAGUAAGCUGAUUUUGGAAUUAUAUUCUCUGGGUUUUCCUUUGAUUGUUGUCCUUAAUCUAUCUCAAGAGAUUUCAUUCUAUGGUGUUGUGAUUGUUAUACCUUGGAUGAUUAUUCUAGAUGGCUUUGAGAUUGCUGGAAAUUUAUUUGUGAUGUUAAAGAAGGUUGAUUUCAACAACUAUACUUUGGGUGUACUUGUCAAGUGUUGGCAAGGGUCUACUGCGGAAAUUAGGAUUCAACAUGAACCAGAGGUUCAAGUUGGUGGGGGUCGUGCAGGCGGAGUUCCGGCCGGCCGAGGCCUAGCCGGCAGAGGUCAGGCUGGCAGAGGUAGGGGACGAGGUGGUGCAGGCAUUCAUCUCGAUCCAUUCGAUUUCACGACGUUUUUGGCUGGGAUCACUGCACUUCAGAAUAAUCAGGUGCAACUGCAGGCAGGACAGAUUGCCAUGCAGAACCAGUAUGCUAUGCUGGGUCAGAUUGUUCAGCAACAGGCACCUCAGGCUGGUGGUAAUGCAGUUGGUGGUGGCGGGACCACUGACAAGGAUUUGGUGUUGGCUUAUGCGAGGCUUAAGUCGACAGAGUUUUCGGGCGAUGGCGAUGCCCUAGAUUUUCUGGAGGAAGUUGAGCGAAAUGCUCAGAGGUUGCAGGCUUCGGAGAGGCAGACUGUUAUGUUGGUGGAGAUGUCCUUGAAGGGCUCUGCAAGUGAUUGGUUUCGUAGUGCCAUUCGUGCUGAGAUGGCUACUAUUUCUUGGGAGGAUUUUGUGACUCGGUUCAAGAACUUUUACUUACCUUUUUCAUUGACCGAAGGUCAUAGAGACAGAUUGCUGGUUUUGAAAAGGGGAGAUAGGUCGGUGAACGAGUACACUACUGAAUUUGUGAGGCUGUGUCGUUUUGCCCCAGAGCUGCUGACUGAACAGCAAAGGGUGAAUGACAGGUACGUGAAGGGUUUAGGCGCUGAUUUUAUUAGCCUUCUGACUGAGUCGAACAAGGAGUUUUCGGAUGUAGUAGACAGUGCUCGUCGAAUGGAGACUAGUUUACUGCACUUUGGAAAAAUGUCUGAGACCAAAAAGGCGAGCGGUGUUGCGCAGGGUAGUGUGCAGCAAAGUGGUAGCAGCAGCUAUCAUUCCAAGUCUUCUCAGUUCAAGAGUAAGAAAGGGGGUGAGCGGAGGGGAUACCAACCGUAUUCCCAUGGUGCUAGUUACAGCAGUGGUAACCGUAGUUCUGGGCAGGAUAGCAGUGGAGCAUCCAGUGUCCCUUUCUGUCAGAACUGUAGGCGCAGGCACUUUGGAGCUUGUGCAUCUUUUCAGCAGCAGAGAACUGCUUUUACUCCUUCGGCAGGGUAUUCCCAACCUGCCGCUUCGUUUGGUGGCCAGCGGGGCCGUGGUUCAGGAGGACGUGGUUUUGGUGGCCGUGGAAACGGUGGUAGAGGCUCGGGUAGUUACAGUUCUUCUCAGGCACCGCAGCAAGGGCAGGGUCAGGCUAGAGUGUUUGCUCUGACUCCUCAGGAUGCUCGUGCAUCAAACGCAGUGGUGCAAGGUACUAUUCCCAUUUCAUUUGUAGAUGCAUUGGUUUUAUUUGAUGCGGGUGCAACCCAUUCUUUUGUUUCGUCGAGUUUUGCUGCUAAGUUGGGUGUGACACCAUCUAGGUUGUUAGAGCCCUUAUCUGUAUCUACGCCUUUGUCUGACUGUGUUGUGGUGGAUGUGGUGUAUCCUUCUUGUUCUGUGAUUAUUCAUGGUAGGGACCUUAGGGCUGAUUUGAUUGUUCUCGAUGUGUUAUCUUUUGAUGUCAUCUUGGGGAUGGAUUGGCUUUCACGCCAUUUUGCUUCUAUCGACUGUCGAGGGAAGUCGGUAUUGUUCGGGAUUCCUGGUGAGACGCCUUUUUCCUUCCAAGGGGAGAAGACGGAAACACCUAAGAAUCUAAUUUCAGCGAUCAAGGCCAAGCGUAUGAUGGGCAAGGGUUGCCAGGCUUUCUUAGCGGUGGUUCGUGAUUUAGAAGGAGGCUGUGGUGAUGUGCAUAGUGUUCCGAUAGUGAAUGAGUUCACUGAUGUGUUUCCAGAGGAGUUACCUGGAUUACCACCUGAUCGAGACAUUGAGUUCUGUAUCGAUGUUGCUCCUGGAACAGCUCCUAUUUCGAUACCUCCGUAUCGAAUGGCUCCUGCUGAGCUGAAAGAGUUGAAAGAGCAGUUACAGGAAUUACUGGAUUGUGGUUUUAUCAGACCAAGUACUUCCCCGUGGGGUGCUCCGGUGUUGUUUGUCAAGAAGAAGGAUGGGUCUUUUCGGUUGUGUAUUGAUUACAGACAGCUGAACAAAGUUACUAUCAAGAAUAGAUACCCUCUUCCUCGCAUUGAUGAUUUGUUCGAUCAAUUGCAAGGGGCGAAAUGUUUUUCCAAGAUUGACUUGAGAUCCGGAUAUCAUCAACUUCGGAUUCGAGACGUCGAUGUGCCUAAGACUGCUUUCAGAACGCGUUAUGGGCAUUUCGAAUUCCUGGUCAUGUCUUUUGGGUUGACUAACGCACCAGCAGCGUUUAUGGAUAUGAUGAACCGGGUAUUCAAGCCGUUUCUGGAUCAGUUCGUUAUUGUGUUUAUUGAUGACAUAUUGAUUUACUCUCGGAGUGAGGAGGAGCAUGCUUUUCACUUGAGAACCAUACUGCAGACUUUGCGUGAGCAUCAACUGUAUGCUAAGUUCUCGAAGUGUGAAUUCUGGCUGGAUCAUGUUACUUUCUUAGGACACGUGGUGUCUAAGGAUGGAAUCAAGGUUGAUCCGAAGAAAAUUGAGGCAGUCAUGGAUUGGCAGAGGCCGAGAUCAGUUACCGAGAUCAGAAGUUUUCUUGGGUUAGCUGGCUACUAUCGUCGGUUCGUGCAAGAUUUCUCCAGAAUAUCUGCACCGAUGACUAAACUGACACAGAAAGGUGUUAAGUUUGAGUGGACUGAUAAGUGUGAGGCGAGUUUCGAGAAGCUCAAAGAGAUUUUAACUACAGCUCCUGUGUUGGCUUUGCCAUCUGGCAUCGAGGGAUUCACCGUGUAUUGUGAUGCUUCUCGUAUCGGUUUGGGUUGUGUUCUGAUGCAACAUGGUAAGGUAAUUGCCUAUGCUUCUCGCCAGCUGAAGAAGCAUGAGGUGAAUUAUCCUACCCAUGAUCUGGAGUUGGCAGCUGUGGUUUUUGCUCUCAAAAUUUGGAGGCAUUAUUUGUACGGUGCGACUUGCGAGAUCUUUACUGAUCAUAAGAGUCUGAAGUACAUCUUUGAUCAGCGGGAAUUGAAUCUAAGGCAGCGGAGAUGGUUGGAGUUACUGAAAGACUACGAUUGUUCUAUUCAGUACCAUCCGGGUAAGGCUAAUGUGGUAGCCGAUGCGUUGAGUCGCAAAUCUUCGGGCAGUUUGGCCCAUAUUUCUGAGGUUGGGCGGAGACCCAUGGUUCGUGAGUGGCAUAGUCUGUUAACUUCGGGAUACCGAUUUCAGGUUUCGCAGAAAGGUUGUUUGUUGGCACAGUUGCAAGUGCAACCAGUUUUGAUUGAUAGGAUCAAAGCUUCACAAGCUGAGGAUCCACAAUUGAAACGGAUUAUGGAUGAGAUCCAUCUGAAUGGAAAUUCCGAGUUUGUUCUGGCGGAUGGAAUUCUCAGGUACGGUUCUCGACUGUGUGUUCCAGAUUCGGAUGGUUUGAGAGACCAGAUUCUGGAGGAAGCGCACAAGUCAGCUUACAGUGUUCAUCCGGGUUCUACCAAGAUGUAUCAUGAUCUCAAAGGUACGUACUGGUGGAGCGGUAUGAAAAAGGAUGUUGCAGAGUUUGUGUCUAAGUGUUUGACUUGCCAGCAAGUAAAGUUAGAACAUCAGAGACCGUUUGGAUAUCUGCAACCGCUACCUAUUCCAGAGUGGAAAUGGGAGCGGAUCGCUAUGGAUUUUGUGGUUGGUUUACCACGUACCCGGCAGGGGUAUGAUUCGAUUUGGGUGAUAGUUGACCGUUUGACCAAGUCAGCUCACUUCUUACCGAUCAAGGUUUCAUAUCAGGCUUUGAAGUUGGCACAAUUGUACAUCGAUCGGAUUGUUAGUCUCCAUGGUGUACCAGUGUCGAUAGUUUCGGACAGAGGUUCAGUUUUCACCUCUCGAUUUUGGAAGGCGAUGCAGGAAUCUUUGGGCACGAGGUUGGAUUUCAGUACUGCAUUUCAUCCUCAGACCGACGGUCAGUCUGAGAGGACGAUUCAGACUUUGGAGGAUAUGCUCAGAAUGUGUGUUCUGGAUUUUCAGGGUAGCUGGGAUACUCAUUUGCCUUUGAUUGAGUUUUCCUAUAAUAACAGUUACCACGCUAGUAUCGAGAUGGCACCAUAUGAGGCAUUGUAUGGGCGCAAGUGUCGAUCUCCUAUUUGUUGGGAAGAGGUCGGCGAGCGUAAACUUUCUGGAGCUGAGAUCAUCCAGAUUACCUCUGAGAAGGUACCUUUGAUCAAGCGUAGGCUUGAGACUGCUUUCAGUCGGCACAAAAGUUAUGCUGAUCUUAAGCGGAAGGAUUUCGAGUUUCAAGUUGGCGAUUUUGUGUUUCUUCGAGUUUCGCCUAUGAAGGGCGUUGUGCGUUUUGGUGUUAAGGGAAAGUUGGCACCGAGGUUCGUUGGUCCUUAUGAGAUCAUAGAGAGAGUUGGAGCAGUUGCUUAUCGUUUGGCUUUGCCGCCAGAUAUGUCGUUGGUGCAUCCGGUAUUCCAUAUCUCAAUGUUGCGGAAGUGCGUUUCGGAUCCUUCGCAAGUGAUAGUACCACAGAGUGUCGAGAUUGACCAAGAGCUGUCUUAUGAGGAACAGCCUGUCGAAAUUGUUGAUACGCAAGUGCGUAAGUUGCGGAACAAGGAGAUUCCGAUGGUCAAGGUUCUGUGGCGAAAUCACUCGGUCGAAGAAUGCACUUGGGAGACGGAGUCCGAUAUGCGUAAUCGUUAUCCUUUCCUUUUUCUUUGA